GGGCGUUUAGUCCUGCGCUCGGCGCGCGCGGUGCGGGCUGGGAAGACAUGGCCGCUUCCGGUGUGUGCACCGGGCUGUCUCAGGAGUGAGCGGCGCUUACCGCACGUCCUGGGCCAGCGCUCCCGCCGCCUCCCGCGCCAUGGACAAGAGCUCGAGCUGCGAGAGUCUGGGCCCCACGCCCGUGGCCGCGCGGCCGCCCAGCGCCGACUCGCUGUCCAGUGCCUCCACUUCUCACUCAGAGAACUCUGUGCACACCAAGUCAGCCUCUGUCAUCUCCUCGGACUCCAUCUCAACAUCUGCGGACAACUUUUCUCCUGACCUGCGGGUCCUGAGGGAAUCUAACAAGCUGGCAGAAAUGGAAGAGCCUCCCUUACUUCCAGGGGAGAACAUCAAAGACAUGGCCAAAGAUGUGACUUACAUCUGCCCCUUCACUGGUGCUGUACGGGGGACUCUGACCGUCACCGACUACAGGUUAUAUUUCAAAAGCAUGGAACGGGACCCUCCGUUCGUUUUAGAUGCUUCCCUGGGUGUGAUCAGUAGAGUAGAAAAGAUCGGUGGUGCUUCUAGCCGGGGUGAGAAUUCUUAUGGCCUAGAGACGGUGUGCAAGGACAUUCGGAAUUUACGGUUUGCUCAUAAGCCUGAGGGGCGGACUAGAAGGUCCAUUUUUGAGAAUCUCAUGAAGUAUGCAUUUCCCGUGUCCAACAACCUGCCCCUCUUUGCCUUUGAGUAUAAGGAAGUCUUCCCUGAAAACGGAUGGAAGCUCUAUGACCCUCUUGUGGAGUACAGAAGGCAGGGCAUCCCAAAUGAGAGCUGGAGGAUAACCAAGAUAAACGAACGCUACGAGCUCUGCGACACGUACCCUGCGCUCCUGGUGGUGCCCGCGAACAUUCCCGAUGAGGACCUCAAGAGAGUGGCCGCCUUCCGGUCCCGGGGCCGCAUCCCCGUCCUGUCCUGGGUCCACCCCGAGAGCCAGGCCGCCAUCACCCGCAGCAGCCAGCCCAUGGUGGGCGUGGGCGGGAAGCGCAGCAAGGACGACGAGAAGUACCUGCAGGCCAUCAUGGACUCCAACGCCCAGUCUCACAAGCUCUUCAUAUUUGAUGCCCGGCCGAGUGUCAACGCCGUCGCCAACAAGGCAAAGGGCGGAGGUUAUGAGAGUGAAGACGCCUAUCAAAAUGCAGAGCUGGUCUUCCUAGACAUCCACAACAUUCACGUCAUGAGAGAGUCCCUGCGGAAGCUCAAAGAGAUCGUGUACCCCAACAUCGAGGAGACCCACUGGCUGUCCAACCUGGAGUCCACCCACUGGCUGGAGCACAUCAAGCUCAUUCUGGCGGGGGCCCUCCGCAUCGCCGACAAGGUGGAGUCAGGGAAGGCGUCGGUGGUGGUGCACUGCAGCGACGGCUGGGACCGCACGGCCCAGCUCACCUCCCUGGCCAUGCUCAUGCUGGACGGGCACUACCGCACGCUGAGGGGCUUCCAGGUGCUGGUGGAGAAGGAGUGGCUGAGCUUCGGCCACCGCUUUCAGCUGAGACUUGGCCAUGGAGAUAAGAACCACGCAGAUGCAGACAGAUCUCCAGUUUUCCUGCAGUUUAUCGAUUGUGUCUGGCAAAUGUCAAGGCAGUUCCCCACGGCCUUUGAGUUCAACGAGUACUUUCUCAUCACCAUCCUGGACCACCUGUACAGCUGCUUAUUCGGAACGUUCCUCUGUAACAGCGAGCAGCAGAGAGCAAAAGAGAAUGUCCCUCAGAGAAGUGUGUCCCUGUGGUCCUACAUCAACAGCCAGCCGGAAGACUUCACCAACCCCCUGUACGGGAGCUACUGCAACCACGUCCUCUAUCCGGUGGCCAGCAUGCGCCACCUAGAGCUCUGGGUGGGUUACUACGUGCGGUGGAACCCGAGGAUGAAGCCACAGGAGCCCGUCCACAACAGAUACAAAGAACUUCUUGCCAAACGGGCAGAGCUUCAGAAGAAAGUGGAGGAACUCCAGAGAGAGGUCUCCAACCGCUCGACCUCCUCCUCUGAGAGGGCCGGCUCUCCAGCCCAGUGCACUGCCCCUGUGCAGACUGUGGUGUGAGGCCGCCCGCCCGGCCACACUGAAAGCUCAGCCCUCCGCCGGCUCCCAUCUCUGGGACGCACACUACACUGUACUAUGGUAGCACACGGUGGCUGAGAAACGCUCCUUGUGAUCACAAUUAUGACACUAAUGUAAAGUCACCCAGAGGCUACUAAACCGUGCUCACAGCGGGGACAUGUGCUAUUGGGGCCCUGGGCGGCAGUCCUGAGGAUGCUUCUAGGCGUGCACAGGGGAUGCGGCCGCCGGCCACUCGCUCCACUGCUAGAAACACUAGGAAACGUCUUAAACACAUCUACGCAUGUUGCUGGUGAGGUCUAAGGCAAUAUUCAACGCUACUGAAGUGACUUUUUUUUUACUGAAGCCUAUCUACAGAUGAUGGUGAGAAGCCCCAUGCUCAGCCUCUACGUGGGUCUCUACUACUUGAGUCACCCAGAGAGCUGGUGCGUGUGAAGGUGCCCAGCCUCCCUGCUGGAGUCAGGGCCAGCGGUGCCGUCAGCGGCCUCUAGAGCUUCUCUCCUCGUGUACCUGAAAUAAAGAGACAUUCCAACCCCCUCCUCAA